GCGGUGUUUUAGCCGGUGGCUGCUGUUUCUGGGCGGGCCGUGGCAGGCUCCCGAGGUGGGGGCCGGGGCGGGAUGGCUGCAGCGGCGGCCGGGGCCGGGAGCGGGCCCUGGGCGGCCCAGGAGAAGCAGUUCCCGCCGGCGCUGCUGAGUUUCUUCAUCUACAACCCGCGCUUCGGGCCGCGCGAAGGAGAGGAGGAAAAUAAGAUUUUAUUUUAUCAUCCAAAUGAGGUAGAAAAGAAUGAGAAGAUUAGAAAUGUCGGAUUGUGUGAAGCUAUUGUACAGUUUACAAGGACAUUUAGCCCAUCAAAACCUGCAAAAUCUUUACAUACACAGAAGAACAGACAGUUCUUCAAUGAACCAGAAGAAAAUUUCUGGAUGGUCAUGGUUGUUCGGAAUCCUAUAAUUGAAAAACAGAGUAAAGAUGGAAAACCAGUUCUUGAAUAUCAAGAGGAGGAGUUGUUGGACAAGGUUUAUAGCUCGGUGCUGCGGCAGUGCUACAGCAUGUACAAGCUUUUUAAUGGUACAUUUCUGAAAGCCAUGGAAGACGGAGGCGUCAAGCUUCUGAAAGAAAGAUUAGAGAAAUUCUUCCAUCGGUAUUUGCAAACGCUACAUUUGCAGUCAUGUGACCUACUUGACAUUUUUGGUGGAAUCAGCUUCUUCCCGUUGGAUAAAAUGACUUAUUUGAAAAUCCAGUCCUUUAUUAACAGAAUGGAGGAAAGCCUGAAUAUAGUCAAAUACACUGCUUUUCUCUAUAACGAUCAGCUCAUCUGGAGUGGAUUAGAACAAGAUGACAUGAGAAUUUUAUACAAAUACCUUACCACCUCCCUUUUUCCAAGGCACAUCGAACCUGAGUUAGCAGGAAGGGAUUCUCCAAUAAGAGCAGAAAUGCCAGGAAAUCUUCAACACUAUGGAAGAUUUCUUACCGGACCCUUGAACCUCAAUGAUCCAGAUGCAAAAUGCAGAUUCCCCAAAAUUUUUGUAAAUACAGAUGACACUUAUGAAGAGCUCCAUUUAAUUGUUUAUAAGGCCAUGAGUGCGGCUGUGUGCUUUAUGAUCGACGCCUCUAUCCACCCAACGUUGGAUUUUUGCCGAAGACUGGACAGCAUCGUUGGGCCCCAGCUCACAGUGCUGGCCUCUGACAUCUGCGAGCAGUUUAACAUCAACAAGAGGAUGUCUGGGUCUGAGAAAGAACCCCAGUUUAAGUUUAUCUACUUCAACCACAUGAAUCUCGCCGAGAAGAGCACAGUUCACAUGAGGAAAACGCCCAGCGUGUCGCUCACUUCCGUGCACCCGGAUUUAAUGAAGAUUCUCGGGGACAUCAACAGUGACUUUACCAGAGUGGAUGAAGAUGAGGAGAUCAUUGUGAAGGCCAUGAGUGAUUACUGGGUUGUUGGAAAGAAGUCUGAUCGGCGGGAGCUCUAUGUUAUUUUGAAUCAAAAAAAUGCAAACCUGAUUGAAGUAAAUGAAGAGGUCAAGAAACUUUGUGCAACGCAGUUCAACAACAUCUUCUUCUUGGAUUGACGGAUGACGGCUCACCGAGAGCUUAUCUAAAAACCACUCUGCAAACGUGGUCACAUGCAAGUUAGUGGUCAUAUGACGGACUGCAUUCAGGACAAGGGUAAAGCAAUACUUGCUUUGAAGAAUCACAUUUCGACUCGGUCUGCUGAUCUGAGGUUUUUAGAUUUUAAAUAUUUAUGUGGAAUUAAUUAAAGGUAGUUGGCUAUAUUGCUAUCAUUUCAUUCUUUUGACAUUAUGUGAAUAUUUUACUGGAAAAUAAGACUAAUAAAUUGUUAAAAGCUUUUAAAA